UUGUCGCUUCAUAACGAAGAUACAAAGAUAUUAUUAUUAUUUUCUUAUUCGAGACCCUAUACGAACAACGGUCGAUAAGAGGGCAAAAUCGUUAAAAAAAAAGAAAAAAACAAACAAACAAAUGAAAACAUCUCAACAUCAUCGCUGCGGUUCGACACUCGUACAAACCAUCGAUGCUCCAUUGCCUCUGGUGUGGUCAAUACUACGUCGUUUUGACUGCCCACAAGCCUAUAAACGAUUCGUUAAGACGUGCGAUCUAAGGUCCGGCGAUGGAGGAGAAGGUUCCGUCCGUGACGUGACGAUGGUUUCCGGUCUUCCGGCGGGUUAUAGCAUAGAGAGGUUAGAUGAGCUAGACGAUGAGUCUCACGUAUUGGCGAUUAGCAUUAUUGGCGGUGACCACCGUCUUGUUAAUUAUCGGUCUAAAACGACUGCGUUUGUGACAGCAGAGGAGGAAGAGAAGACGGUGGUGGUGGAGAGUUAUGUGGUGGAUGUGCCGAAAGGAAACAGUGUGGAGGAAACAACGUUGUUCGCUGAUACCAUCGCUGGGUUUAAUCUUAAGUCAUUGGCUAAGCUCUCGGAGAAUAUGGUGUCCAACCGAAAAUUGUAACUUUUAGAUUUUGAACCGUUAGAUUAUCGUUCUAAAGUUGUAAGAACUGAAACCCUUAUUUAGUGAGGGUUUAGAACUUUAUAUAGCAUUAGCCAUAUCCGAGGGAGAAUAACGUAGGUACUUUUGUAUAAUUAAGUACAUGUGUUUUGUGAAAUAAUUGAAAAGAAAAAAGAAAGAGACAAUUACAUGUGA